AUUUUGACAUCGUAUUCUGGAUCUGGACCCAGCUUCUUUCAGUCUGUUUGUAGAGUUCCACUCAAUACCUGUGUGUACAGUAUUUUGUCUGCCCUUAUUGUUAAUCAACAAAGUGCUCUGAAAUCAUAGCGACAAGUCCUACGUGGAGCGGGCGAACGUCGCCUGCUGCAGCACGACAGGCAAAUACACAAACAUAUUCUCCGCGGUGAACAACUUCUUUGCUGAUUCACCGCUGGUGAAUCAGCUUAAAGGCAUUAUGACUCGACAAACAAGCAGUACAGAGCCCGGACCGCCGGACGAGGCCCGCCCAGACAACGUACGGACGCCCUCAGUCAGCUUUGCUAUCAGCCCUUCACAAAGUCUGGUAUCGGAGAGGUCCACAACGCCGACGCAGCCUCAGCGCCAGGUGACUUUGCUGAAGCCCGCUGCCAACACAGCCCUAGACAGGAAAGCUUCCAUCGUUGAUGAAAAUACCGGCAUCACGAGAACGCAAAUGAAAGAAUUCCGUGAAGCUUUCCGCCUGUUCGACAAGGACGGCGACGGUACGAUCACGAAGGAGGAGCUGGGUCGGGUGAUGCGCAGCCUCGGCCAGUUCGCGAGGGUGGAGGAGCUGCACGACAUGUUGCAAGAGGUCGACAGUGAUGGUGACGGCAAUGUCAGUUUUGAAGAGUUCGUGAACAUCCUCUCCAAGUCGAUGUCAGGAGCUGGUGGUGGAACGAGCUCCGCGGAACAGGAGGAGAGGGAACUGAGGGACGCGUUCAGAGUGUUCGACAAGCACAAUCGAGGAUACAUCUGUGCGUCGGACUUGAGGGCUGUGCUGCAAUGCCUCGGGGAGGACCUCUCUGAGGAAGAAAUUGAAGACAUGAUCAAAGAAGUGGACUCCGAUGGAGAUGGCCGCAUUGAUUUCUUAGAAUUCGUGAGAGCGCUUGGGGAACCAGAAGACGCUUGCGACGACGAAGACGACGAGGAUCCCAACGAUGGAAUCGACAUCACUCUAACAAGACCAGUGGCCGCUAACUGAAUUUGACUUAUCUAUGCUGUUUAAAAACGCUUGUGAUUCAAUUUUUAAGAAAAUAAUAAUAAUAAUUAAUAUAUUAAUACCCCCACCGUUAAUAAAAGGGCGACCAACCCAUGUUGUGACCUGGUUGUGAUGACAACCUUGCCCUGUACCUAUAACACUAAUUAGUGUUUUGCAAAGUUUGAUGCUUUAGUUAUUAUUGGUGGUAUAUGAAUCUAACUGAAUUUGCAGGUCUAAAAGUAUCUACCUAUUGCUAUGCUUUUGUGAAGGCAUAGGUAAUUUGUUUGUUUGUUGAUCAAAACGGAUGGCAGUAUGUCAGUUUUUAUCGAUUAUUUAUUCGAACGAAUACAUCGAUCGUAAGCACUAUUGGCAUUUUAUAUCAAUCUUGCUAAAGUAAGAGCUUAUAACCAAAAAAGUGCAAGAGUGCCAACUAGAGCUUUUUAGUUAUGUAAUACUUACUUUACCUAAUCAAAACAAAGGAGGAAGGAUUAUGACCACGAUUACGUCACUUCGUAAUAUCUACUGCCGUCCUUUAUAAAAAAGCCAUUGACUGCAAAAAAUGUUUU